AUGAAACUCUAUCCAGGUCUCCUUGUGUAUAGCAGCAUUGCUUUGGGGCAUUCUGCUGCAACGGCCUUUGCUCCUUCCUUUCCUUCAUCGGCUCGUCAAUAUGGAAGUACUACCAGUAUUAUCUCUGCCAGCAAAAUGGACCAAUCCUUUCCCACUUGGUCGUUUGACAAGCCGUGUCAAACCAUGGCUUGGAAUAAUGUCGUGGACACAUCUCUUACCGUGGGUGUGGCCGAUAAGAGUCUCGCCCAAGAUGCCGACUUGAUCAUCAUUGGUGUUUAUGCACCUCCGAAAGAUGACGAAGAAGAGGAAGAUGAUGAAAAGGAGGAGGACGAAGCUACCGUGGCGCUUUCUGGAAUGGCCAAGGAACUUGAUGAUAGUUUGGGUGGAGCUCUAUCCGAUCUCAUGAAAGACAAUGCGAAAGAAUUUAACCAUGGUGCCGCGGCAGGAUCCACCACUCCCACGGCAAGAAUCAUCACGGCAGAUGGAAAGACCAAGAGAUAUGUCAUGCUAGGUUUGGGACCCACCCCUAAGGAAGACGAGGAUGAAGAGAAAAAGGAAGAAGCCAAAAAAGGUGCUGGUCUUGGUUUGGGUAAAGCGAUUGCCACCAAAUGCGAUGCCGAAAAGAAAGUUGCAACUUGUAGCGUUGUCAUGCCUCAAAUCGAUGCGCCAGUCCUCCAGGAUUUGUCCACUGGAUUCUAUCAAACCCUCUAUUCCGACAAUCGAUAUCGAACAGGAAAGAAGCAAAAGAACAUGGCCGAAGACUUGACAACCGUUUCCGUUCUUUCCGAAGAUGCCGAUGCUGCCAGCAUUUCGGAUUCCGUUGUUCAAGUUGGCAAGAGCAUUGCGCAAGGAGUCUUUUUGGCCAAGGAUAUUGUCAAUGCACCACACAAUGUACUCAAUUCCGAAAGUUUGGCCGACACAGCAAAGCGUAUUGCCAAAGAAAGUGGUGGACGUAUCAAAUGCAAAAUAUUGGGCAAGAAAGAAUGCGAAGAACGCGGCAUGGGGUCCUACCUGGGCGUGGCACGUGGAUCCGAGACGGAUCCUCAAUUCAUUCACUUGACCUACUCGCCACCCUCGGGAAAAGUCAACAAACGAGUCGGUGUUAUUGGAAAGGGACUCUUGUUUGAUACGGGAGGUUACAACAUUAAAACCGCCAUGAUGGAAAUGAUGAAAUUUGACUGUGGAGGUUCCGCUGCGGUACUCGGUGCUGCUCGUGCCAUUGCUGAAAUUGCUCCAGAGGGGGUCGAGGCACACUUUAUUGUUGCGGCAUGUGAAAACAUGAUCAAUGAAAAGGCUAUGGUACCCAGUGACAUCUUGACAGCAUCCAAUGGCAAAACCAUUGAAGUACUCAACACAGACGCGGAAGGAAGAUUGACACUUGCAGAUGCCCUUGUGUACGCUGACAAAGAAUGUGACUGCGAAAGCAUCAUUGAACUCUCAACCCUGACUGGGGCGUGUAUGGUUGCUCUUGGAAAGGAAGUUGCGGGCGUUUGGACCGACAAUGAUGACCUCGCAACGGAACUUGCCGACAUUAGCAAAGUAACCACUGACAAAUCCUGGCGCAUGCCGAUGGAAAAAAGCUACAAUAAACAACUAGAGUCUAAGAUUGCUGAUAUCAAGAACAUUGGCGAUCGAUGGGGAGGAGCCAUCACCGCAGCCCUGUUCCUGCAAAACUUUGUGUCCAAGAAAAAGCCUUUUGCACACAUUGACAUUGCAGGUCCUGUGUGGGACGAUGGAUCCGGAGCCACAGGUCACGGAGCCAAGUUGGUGACACAGUGGGUUCGCCAACAAGGUGAAAAAGAAAAGGAAGAGUAA